UACAUCAAUCCGGAGUUAAAUCCCAUUAGGGCUGAAAUUCAGUGUGCUGGAAGUAAAUCCAUUGGAAACCUCGACGAUAGCCGACGAUCUGGCAACACCCGAUCUGUUUGCGUCUAAAUUUUUGUAGAAACAGCAGCUGUCUUGACCAGCGCCAAACAGAGUUUGAGCAAUUACACAGCAACUUCAACAUGUCACUCGGCGACACACUCGACUACAUCACCCUGGGCAAUCCUGUCAGCAAGAUGGUCAUCUCGACUGGAUCCGCCCUGCUCCGCACCAUUGGACUGCGUCCAAAGCAAAUCUCAGUGAAGGAUUCUGUCCUGCCGUUGCAGCCGUCAGUGCAUCAAUACGUGCAUCCGCACGGCUCGAUGUACUGCCUCGCCGGCAGUCACUACCAUUUUGUGCGGCUUGCCGGGAUUGGCGGAGCGUCGGCCAUUUUCAUGGGCGCCUACUGCAAGUACAUACUAAAGGAUAUCGGGGACCCCAAAGAGCAGAUCGACUCGCAGGCCUUCGCCGAUGUAGCCAAUCGCAUUCACUUUCUGCACUCCUUCGCCUUGAUGGCCAUGCCCCUGGCCCACUACCCAGUUCUCACUGGCACAUUGAUGGCAACGGGCACUGUGCUGUUCAGCGGCUGCAUGUACUACCGCGCCUUAACCGGAGAGAAGCGGCUGCAGCCGUACGCGACCGUUGGAGGAUUCUGCCUAAUGGCCGCGUGGCUGACCCUGGUCUUUUAAGAAGGAGCACGGAACGACUUAUUUUUAUCUUAUAUAUAGCACAUACCGAAAAGCAUGUCGUCGGGGGGCAACUAAAGCUAAGCCAAGUUAAACAUACAUAUUUCAGCUAUAAAUGAUAGAUACUCUUGUCUGCGCUACUCACAGUGCGCUGGCAGUAAUAUUAUUAAUAAUAUUAUAAAUAUAUAUUGUUGUAGUUUUAAAAGUGAACUCUAGGAGGGCUUUGCAGCUAAUGGAAGAUACUUUUCGAGUUAAAUGCGUACAAUUUCUUAGAGUAUAUAACAGUUUGCGCCAAAUGUGAAAUAAAAAUGUGAAUUAACAAAAGAA